AUGGCCUCGUGGUACAAGAACAUACUCACAAACACAACGUCGCAGCUCUCGAGCCUGCAGUCGCGGCUCCUGCAGACGGAGAACGACGGCGACACGGAGGACGACACGCACGUCUGCCGCGUGCUCCGCGCCUACUACACCCAGGAGCAGCGGCCCUUUCCCGGCUGGCUGCCGCCGGAUCCCAAGGCCCCGCCGCCCGGAUCGACAAGCGCGCCGGCGCCGGCGGCUGCGGGUGGAGGUUCGGCGCAGGACAGGUUGAAGCAGAGGCUUUGGGGCGGCGGCGCGAGGACGACGAGCCCGGCGGGGUCGCAGGGCCCUACCAACCGCCGAGCUCGGGAGGCGCAGCCAUGG